AUCCUCAGGAUCCCUCUCUCUCUCUCUCUCUCUCUUCUGAGUUUGGGGACUUUUUGUCUAAUCUUUCUGAUCGAUCACGCGGUACUGCAUGACCUGUUACUUCCUGGGUUGGAUUUCAGGCUAUGUUUAGGGUAUUGGAGUCCGUUGCUGUAGUUCUAUCGAUCUGGAGAAUCACUCAACUUAUUCUGAUUUGCUAUUGUUUGGUGGCACUUGAUCAUUACUAAAUCCAUUUUCGUGUUUCUUAAUAAUUCGAGCUUUUUCAGGAUUUCCUUUACAAAUUUUGUCGUAGCGUUUUGAGAUUUCCAUAUUAGCCGAAAAAUCGUCAAUAAGCUUAAAAGAGUUUAACACUAAUCCCAAUUCUUUAAUUUUGUUUUACUCUAACUUCCGCCUUAAGUAGUUUACCGACUUUAUAAGUACUUCCAAAUCCUUUGAAGGGAGAUCAAUCUCUCUCUCUCUCUCUAGACAAUUAUGAAGAACCAAUACCAAAACCCACUAAACUCAGCUACCAAGCUCUUCAACUCCUCCAAAUUAAAUCUCUCCAACCUCCAUUCUUAUACCCUCUUCUUUGCCUUUGGCCUAACCUUUGGAAUCAUACUCACCCUCUACCUCACCAACUUGUCACUAAAUCUACAAGUCACCCGAUUCUCUCUCUCUGAUUCAUCAUCAUUACCAAAUCCCAUUAAUUAUACCACCCACACUGAAUCCAAAAAAUUACAUCCAACUCCUCCACGCCCCAUGCAUGAGAUGGGGGACAAAGAAUUGCUCUGGAAGGCAUCAAUGGUUCCGAAAAUCGACGAGUUUCCGUUCAAAAGGGUGCCCAAAGUCGCUUUCAUGUUCUUGACGAGAGGUCCAGUCUUGUUGGCGCCGCUGUGGGAGUUGUUCUUCAAAGGGCACGAAGGUCUUUACUCGAUUUACGUCCACUCGGAUCCGUCUUUCAACGGAUCGGAGCCCGACAAAUCGGUUUUCUACGGCCGGAGGAUUCCCAGUAAGGCAGUGGAAUGGGGAGAUGUCAACAUGGUCGAAGCAGAGCGUCGCCUACUAGCUAACGCACUCCUCGACUUCUCCAACCAGCAUUUUGUACUCCUCUCCGAAUCAUGCAUCCCUCUCUUCAACUUCUCCACCAUUUACACAUACCUAAUGAACUCGACCCAAAACUUUGUCGAGGCCUACGAUCUACCCGGUCCAGUGGGCCGGGGCCGGUACAACCACUUCAUGGGCCCCAACAUAACAGUUGAACAAUGGAGGAAGGGAGCCCAAUGGUUCGAAAUGGGUCGAGAUCUUGCUCUCGAGGUUGUUUCGGAUAGGAAAUAUUUUCCAAUUUUCCAGAAGUUCUGCAAGACUUGCUAUGCUGAUGAGCAUUACCUGCCUACCUUUGUGAGCCCCAAAUUCGGGGAGAGGAAUUCGAAUCGAACGUUGACUUGGGUGGAUUGGUCGAAGGGGGGUCCGCACCCGGCUAAAUUUACAAGAUACGAUAUAACAGUGGAACUUCUGGAGAGACUGAGAAGUGGGAAAAAAUGCAAGUAUAACGGGGAGAUAACAAAUGUUUGCUUCUUGUUUGCAAGGAAGUUUACCACUCAUUCUUUGGAUAGGUUGCUGAGGUUGGCACCAAAGCUUAUGCAGUUCAGCAGAUAGGCUUAGAGAUUCAUAUGCGUGCAGAUUCACUUGAGUUUGAAGAGAAGAUGUAGUUAUGGGUUUUGUAUUAUUUGAUUCGUUUGUAAUUAUGAUGGAAAAAGUGGUCACCAAAUUACUUGGAAGUAAAACAAGAAGAAGAAAUGUUGAGGUUUAUUCCAAUGGCUUAUGAAAUCAUCAAUUUUAUCC